AUGGCAGUUAAAUCCGCGGAGUACGAAAAUUCAUCAUCUCUCCUACACGAAAGGGAUAUUCUCUCUAAAUUUAAAGAAUGCCCGCAUAUUAUUCGUCUAUAUGGUUAUGAUUUCACCGUUGAAGGCACAAAUUGUUUUACAAAUAUCUUCUUGGAGUACGCCUCGGGCGGCACUUUGCACGACCGCAUUCAAUCAUCCAAGACAUCUAAAUACAACGGAAUCUCCGAAAUUGAAGCAAAGGAAUAUACACUUUCCAUUUUAAAGGGUCUGCGCUACAUCCAUGAGAGUGGAUACGUUCAUUGUGAUAUAAAACCGGAAAACAUAUUAAUGGUCGACGAGAAAGCCAAAAUAGGAGACUUUGGUAUGACUAUUCAGCCAUUCAAUCUUCCAGGAAUGACGCUAGGUACUCCUCAUUAUAUGCCUCCUGAGACAUUAAACGAUGGAGAAUAUGAUACUUCUACCGAUAUUUGGGCAUUGGGAUUCUCCUUCUUUGAAAUGAUCACAUCAAACCGCAAUGGAAAUGCAAAAAUAUGA